UAGAGAGGCUCUGUUCUCAGUGUUGUUGACGCAGGACGGUGGGUAGGUGGGGUGGAAAGCCUUCAAAAUAUCAGCACCUCUCCUCCUCCUCCUCACUUUCAAACUAUAUGUUGCUCCUCAUCACCACCAAUACAACACUCAGAAACGAGCUGGAAGUCAUCAGUUGCUAAGUCAAAGCUCUCAGCCUGAACUUACAAAUACAGAUUUCUCUUUUAAAAUCCGGAUUUCCUUUAUUUGAGCAUCAUGACUGGAACAGCAGUGGUUUUGAUGAGUCUGGUCCUCAUCCUCUCUGUGGGUGCAGAGGAUAAAUCAAGAUCCUACCACAGGCCUGCAUGUGGGGGUUUGAGUGUCAAUCAAGCAUGCCCUCUCAACUACUCUCCCGUAUGUGGUAAUGAUGGCAUCACAUACGUCAAUGAAUGCACCCUGUGUGUGCAGAGAAUGCACACUAAUGCAGACAUUUUGAUUGUGAAAGAAGGCCGCUGCUGAGGUGGAGGACCUUAUGAAAUCAUCACUUCGCUUUUCAUAUCUAUGUUUGUUUAAGAGUGUUGCUUGCUAUGCUCAUCCAUAGGAUGUGAUCAGUAUACCUAUGAACAGUAGAUGUGUGAACAUACUGCAUUUUAAAAAGACAAAAUACUAGUACUAAAAAGCAAGUACUAAUUGCAGUUUCAUGACAUCUGAGUGACUAGUGCAGAGUGUUUGUUUUUCUAUCAAGUCAGUUGGGUUUUUUUUAUGAUACUGUCCUGUCUUUCUUUAAUAUAUUUCUUUCCAUAUCAUAAAUUUCUUCCUUUAUUUCUGUAGGAACUGCUCUGAGUGCAAUGUUUUAGGGGUGAAGUUUUGGAGUUACAGCUUAUUUUUCUAAAUAUGUUUAAAAAAUCUAACAAAAACUGACAUGAUGACAGAUGACAAGCUGUGGGAAGACCAUUUAUACCUUGAUUUUACAUUUUUUGCUAAUAAAAUAAAAAUACUUGGUCAAACAAAUGUAAGACUGACCAGCCUCACUUUGUCUCGCU